UUAAGGACAAACAAAAAGGGAGUUAUGUACCCUGCCUGCGCAACCUUUACGGUGGUUCCUCCCACCAAAUUUUACUUGCAAAUUAAUGUCAAACACGUCAACCGCUAGCUGUCGUACACGGAUAUAUUAUUAUAAGAAGAUGCACGGGAGAGGGGAUGCACGACCACACCCAUAAAUAAUAACAAAGAGAAUCGUGUGGGGGGGAUUAGAGCAAGAUGAUGGCUGACACCUCCAAUGAAGACGAUCAAAGCAUGGCGAUGAUGCAUUUGCAGUUGCAGAGAUCUCUAAAAUGGCUGGAUGACGUCACCAAUGGAAUAAUUGGUUACGAGCUCGAGUCUCGAAGCCUUGCAGGUCUUCAGGUCAUCGAAGCUCGCACCGGCUUCUUGCGUUGUAACUUCAUCGUCCCCCUUCUUGCUUCCGAUAUAAAUGGAAAUUGGCAUGUGGGAGCUAUAGCAACUAUAAUAGACAAUGUGGGUGGUGCUGCCAUAUAUUCCACCGGUCACUAUUUAAAAGUCACCGUCAAUUUCAACAUUACAUACUAUUCAACAGCUAAGAUUCAGGACGAAGUAGAGAUAGAAGCAAAGGUAAAAGGGAACAAAGGAAAGCUUACAUCUAUUGCGGUGGAGGUUCGAAACAAAUCCAACGGUGGACGGUUAAUAGCAAGUGCCGCUCAGUGGACGGCUGCUAAUGACUAUAGAUCACCUCAACCUCAAUCUCAAGCUAAGCUUUGAAAAUGGACCGGGUUAUUUGUUUAUUUAUAUUUAAAUUUUUUUUAUGAACAA